GAAAUCCAGCGUGCUUUUCGUGCACCCGCGAUCUCCGUCACCGCCAUUUUCGCCUUCUUCACUCACACCAUCUUCACACUCUUCACUUCCCUCUCACAUUUUUCCUCAAACAAACAAUUAUUUGAAAAUUUAAUUUUUUCUCAGAAAUUCUUUGUUAGUUUCUUGCAAUGGGGAUGAAGUCUCUGAUAAUUCUCUCAAUUUUUCUGUUCUCAAUUUGCUCGAAUGUUUAUCUAUGUUCGUCAAAAUCCGAAGAGGAUGAAGAUCUCAGUUUCCUGGAACAACAAGAGCAGAAAGAGGCCGCAUCAUGGGAUGAUGGGCGUCCCCGGGACUACGAGAACUACGACGAUCUGGAGGACGAUGAGUUGUCGGCGUACGCCGACGAGGACGGUGGAUACAGUGCGCAGGAGGUGGAUGAGACCCACGUGGUGGUGCUGAAGGAAUCCAACUUCAGCGACUUCAUAGCAAAGAAUAGGUUCAUUAUGGUGGAGUUCUACGCGCCGUGGUGCGGCCAUUGCCAGGCUUUGGCGCCGGAGUACGCGGCGGCGGCGGAGGAGCUGAAGGACGAGGCGGUGGUGCUGGCGAAGGUCGAUGCCACAGAGGAGGCGGAGCUCAGCCAGAAGUUCGAUGUGCAGGGAUUUCCUACUGUUUACUUCUUCGUGGAUGGGGUUCACAAACCCUACCCGGGCCAGCGCACUAAAGAUGCCAUCGUUGCUUGGUUGAAGAAAAAGAUAGGUCCAGGUUUACACAAUAUAACAACUAUUGAGGAGGCGGAACGCAUCUUGGCAGAUGAGGACAAACUAGUUUUGGGCUUUUUGGACAGUUUGGUGGGUUCAGAAAGUGAAGAACUUGCUGGUGCUUCAAAGCUUGAAGAUGAUGUUAGCUUUUACCAGACGACAAAUCCAGAUGUGGCAAAGCUCUUCCAAAUUGAUCCCAAUGCCAAACGUCCAAUCUUGGUCAUGCUCAAAAAAGAACCUGAGAAACUUAACCAAUUCGGUGGUCAGUUCACUAAAUCUGCAAUAGCUGAAUUUGUGUUUGAGAACAAGCUUCCCCUUGUCACCAAUUUUACUAGGGAAAGUGCUCCUCUCGUGUUUGAGAAUCCAAUAAAGAAACAGUUGAUACUGUUUGCAACUUCCAUUGACUCGGCAAAACUCUAUCCCAUAUUCCUUGAAGCAGCAAAGGCUUUCAAGGGAAAGCUUAUUAGCGUCUAUGUGGAAUUGGACAAUGAAGACGUCGGAAAACCAGUUUCAGAAUACUUCGGUGUGAGUGAAGAAGCGGCAACUGUUCUUGCAUAUACCGGAAACGACGAUGCCAGGAAGUUUCUAUUGGAUGGUGAAUUGACUAUUGACAAUAUCAAGUCUUUUGGUGAGAAGUUUUUGGGGGACAAUCUGAAGCCUUUCUACAAAUCAGACCCUAUUCCAGAGAGGAAUGAUGGAGAUGUCAAGAUAGUGGUUGGCAACAACUUUGAUGAGAUCGUAUUGGAUGAGUCAAAAGAUGUUCUUCUCGAGAUAUAUGCUCCUUGGUGUGGGCAUUGCCAAGCUUUAGAACCUAUAUAUAACAAACUUGGGAAGCAUUUGAGAGGUAUCGAUUCCCUUGUCAUUGCCAAGAUGGAUGGGACUACAAACGAGCACCCGCGAGCUAAGUCUGACGGUUUCCCCACAAUACUUUUCUUCCCGGCUGGCAACAAGAGCUUCGAUCCGAUUACUUUCGACGCCGACCGUACUGUUGUGGCCUUCUACAAGUUCCUGAAGAAACAUGCAUCCAUCCCAUUCAAACUCCAAAAGCCAGCUUCACCAGAGAAAUCCAUGGCUACUGACACUACCGAUAGCCAUGAGAGCAGCAGCAAUAGUGACGUGAAGGAUGAACUAUAGGCGGAUGGAGCAUUUUUGGGUCGGUACCAAUCUAUAUACCCUCGACCAGAAUGCUGCUCAAAACAGAUGAAGAACACUACAAGUAAAUGCAAGUACGUCCGAUGUUCGAAUCUCAGCCAAUCAGGUUAAAGAAAAUUUUGCUAUACUUUUGGAUAUACGGUGCAAAAACAGGACGAAAGCCAGUUCAGUAGUGUUGUGUGAGCUUUAGUUGGGGAUGUAUUGUGCAACACUAGUUGUGGAAGCAUUGGAUUUUGAUUGAGAUGUCAUGAAAGGAACACUCCAGCGCCUGUUAGCUGCUUAGUUUUUCCUAAAUUAUAAUUUGAAUUUUGAAAUGUGUGACAUGAAUUAAACUAUGAAGUUAAUAAAACAGCUAAUUCAAUAUCA